AUGAGCCGUUUUGAUCCCAGUGGUCUGUGGGAGGAGCUCUUCACUAGCACUUCCUGGACAAGGUUGUCCAACACAGGCAGCUGCUGUGGUCUGACGAAGCUCAUGUACCACAACCACCAGAGACUUCCGGCCCGCUCUCUCAACCUGUGCAGCCCUACAUGUGUUAGCUGGCUGUUUGCAGCCCCGGACCCAGACGUUUUCAUCCGUCUGGCUUGCUGGCUGGCGUCUUCCUUCCUCUCCCACUCUGCUGCUCUCAGCAGUCUUCUUGGCCACCUGCUGGGCCCACGCCAACCUCCACUCCACCUCCAGACUUCAAACAUGUUGUACAUGGAGCCAGACUUAACAAUCCUUUCUAUUCUUAACAGUAUCUGGAGAGGCCCCAAUGUGAAUUGUGUGGACAGCACUGGAUACUCCCCUCUCCACCACGCCGCCCUAAAUGGACACAGCGAGGUGGUGGAGGCGCUGCUACGAAACGAGGCCUUGACCAACAUCGCCGACAAAGGCUGCUACCCUCUCCACCUGGCUGCAUAAGGAGAUGAACAUAUCGUCAAACUGCUCAUUCACCAAGGACCUUCGCACCCCAAACUCAACGAGCAGAGCUCUGUAGACCAUAAAGAGUUCAAACGCUGUGGGCCCUUUGACCCCUAUAUUAAUGCCAAGAACAAUGACAACGAGACGCCGCUGCACUGUGCCGCUCAGUAUGGCCACACCCGGGUGGUGCGGCUGCUGCUGGAGGAGCUGACCGACCCCACCAUGAGGAACAACAAGUUUGAGACUCCACUGGACCUGGCCGCGCUAUAUGGCCGCCUGGAAGUAGUCAAGCUGCUGCUCUGCGCCCACCCCAACCUGCUCAGCUGCAACACCAAGAAACACACGCCACUGCAUCUGGCCUCUCGGAACGGACACCUGUCUGUGGUGGAGGUGCUGCUGGACGCUGGCAUGGACAUCAACUACGAGACGGAGAAAGGCAGUGCUCUCCACGAAGCCGCCUUGUAUGGGAAGACUGAUGUGGUACAGAAACUUCUCAGUGCAGGUAUCGAUGUGAACAUCGUCGACACGAAGGGCAAGACAGCGCAGGACACUGUUAAGGACAUGCCCUCCCAGAAAAGCCGAGAAAUAGCUGCUUUCAUCCAAGCUCACGUGGCUGGAAUACCCCACAUCAUAGACCUCCCCCCACCACCAGUCCCUCCGCCUCAGGAGAGUCCCAGCCCACGGAAAAAGGGUGACAUGGAGAAGGUUAGUGAGCUGAUCUCGGGGCUGGCCCCGAGGCCCGAGGAGGAGAGCCCCUACGAGGCUCUGUUUGAAGCCACCUCCUGUCACUCUCUGGACAGCCUCGCCAGCGGCAAGUCCUCUGACCGAGACUCUGGACGGCCGGACAGUGAAGCUGGCAAGAAAGAUCGCCCGGUCCACUCUUCACAUCCUGGUCCUGGUCAUGAAGAAGAAGUGAGCUCCGAGGCCCUGUAUACUAAUAGCAGUAUUGAUGAGAGAGGCCAGCCAGUGGAGGAGGAGGAUCACACAUAUGAGUUGUUGCUGACUGCACAGACCAAACACCCACCGCCCAGCCAGGAGUCCCAGUCCAAUAAAGAUGAGAACACCGCCACCAGUGCCCUACCUCAGCGUAAACCCACUGCCCCACGACCUCAGAGCCCCAAGCAGGACGAAAGACACCCUGCACCCUCCUGGACGGGUGAGCCCACGGGCACCUGGAG